AUGUUCAUAAAAUUAAUACGACCAAGCAUAUUUACUUCCUCAAUUCGAGCGUUGUCUCAUAAGAAUCUAAAUUUGACUUAUAAUACCAUCAAGAACUCGCCAAUACUAUCGAACUCACCAAUAAAUAUACACAAAUAUUCAUGCAAAUAUUAUUCGACAAAUUCAAAUUUAACUGAAGAACAAUUAGAAAUUUUAAAUCAAGAAAGACCAAAAGAUAACGUUGAUGUAUGUAUAGUUGGGGCAGGACCAGCUGGAUUAGCAACAGCAAUUAAAUUAAAACAACUAGAUAAUGAAAAUGGUAAUGGAGAUAAAAGAAUUAUAGUAUUAGAAAAAGCAGCAGAUUUUGGAAGUCAUAUUGUAAGUGGAGCAGUAAUUGAACCUCAAGCAUUUAAAGAAUUAUUCCCUGAUGAUGAAAGAGAUAUUCCAUUACCUGAAGAUUUAGUUACAAAAGUUACUGAAGAUCAUAUGAAAUAUUUAACUGAAAAUUCAUCUUUUUCAUUACCUGAACCACCUCAAUUGGUAAAUGCUGGGAAAAAUUAUAUAACGAGUUUAAAUACAGUUGUUAAAUAUUUAAGUGAACAAGCAGAAGAAUUAGGUGUUGAAUUAUAUCCCGGAAUAUCGGUAAGUGAAGUAAUAUAUAAUGAUCCAAAAACAAAAGAUAUUGUAAUAGGUGUGGCAACUCAAGAUAUGGGAAUUGAUAAAAAUGGAGCACCGAAAGAUUCAUUUGAAAAAGGAAUGGAAUUUAAUGCAAGAAUAACAGUAUUUGCAGAAGGUUGUCAUGGAUCAUUAAGUAAACAAAUUAUAAAUAAUUUUAAAUUAAGAGAAAAUUCAAAUCCACAAACUUAUGGAUUAGGUAUAAAAGAAAUUUGGGAAGUUCCAACUGAAAAUUUUAAAAAAGGAUAUGUUGGACAUAGUUUAGGAUAUCCUUUAACUAAAGAUUCAUCUGCUUAUGGAGGAGGAUUUAUUUAUCAUUUUGGUGAUGGAUUAAUUUCAAUUGGUUUAGUAAUUGGUUUAGAUUAUAAAAAUCCAUAUAUUUCACCUUAUCAAGAAUUUCAAAAAAUGAAAAAACAUCCUUAUUAUUCACAAUUUUUAAAAAAUGGUAAAUGUAUUUCAUAUGCAGCAAGAGCUUUAAAUGAAGGAGGUUAUCAAAGUAUUCCUAAGUUGUAUUUCCCCGGUGGUAUAUUAGUUGGUUGUAGUGCUGGGUUUUUAAAUGUUCCUAAAAUUAAAGGAACUCAUACUGCUAUUAAAUCUGGUAUUAUAGCAGCUGAAACUAUAUUUGAAAAAAUUAAAGAUUCUGAAGAAAUAGAAGAUGAAGAAGAAUUUUUAUCUGAGAUUAUUGAAAAACCAUUAACAUUAUCAGAAUAUGAAGAAAAUUUCAAAAGUUCAUGGGCUUACAAAGAGUUAUAUGAAGUUAGAAAUGUAAGACCAAGUUUCAAUACUCCAUUAGGAACAAUUGGAGGUUUAGCUCAUUCAGGAAUAACAACCAUGAUAACAAAAGGUAAAGAACCAUGGACAUUACAAUUUGAUCAUACUGACUCACAAGCUACAGAACAAGCAUCAAAAUUUAAACCUAUAGAUUAUCCAAAACCAGAUAAUGAAAUUACAUUUGAUAUUUUAACAUCAGUUUCAAGAACAGGAACAUAUCAUGAUGAAGAUGAACCAUGUCAUUUAAAAGUCCCAAAUCAAGAUUUACAAAAACAUUCAGAAUUAAAUUGGGAAAAAUAUAAAGGUAUUGAACAAAGAUUUUGUCCAGCUGGAGUUUAUGAAUAUAUUGAAGAUUCUUCAAAUCCUGUAGGAGUUAAAUUUCAAAUUAAUUCACAAAAUUGUAUUCAUUGUAAAACUUGUGAUAUAAAAGUUCCUUCACAAGAUAUUAAUUGGACUGUACCUGAAGGUGGUGAUGGUCCAAAAUAUUAUAUGAGUUAG